AGAGCCCUAAGCCACUUGAACUCAAGCGUUAGCAGAGAGACGGCGAAAGACGAGAGAGCAAUCGCCGUUCUUAUAGCUACGCAAAACACGCCGAGAAUUCCAGACUAUUUCUGCCGAACCGUUCAACGCGUCGAGACGCCAAGCGCGAGUAUCGUCGCGACUCGCGAUUAUCAGUUUGUGCUACCGUUUUUUGAUUGACCUCGGUAUCAACCAAAAUAAAAAAGAUAUUAAAAGUUAAGUAGAAGCGAUAACAUGGUGCAAGUGAAUCUGUUCGUCGCAAUAGCCAUCGGUGCUAUAGUGCUGUUCAUCUACCACCGAAUAGCGAAAAAGUAUCUUUAUUUCCUACCGAUGGCGAUACCGUGCUUAAAACCGACAUUUCUGCUGGGAAGUUCUGGUCCGAUGAUGUUUCGCAAAAGAAAUGUUACCUCACACAUGAAAGCACUCUACACCGCUUUCCCGGGGGCCAAAAUCAUCGGUCUGUACGAUCUACUGACGCCAAUGUUUCUGGCCCGUGAUCCGGAGAUCAUCAAACGCAUCUCGAUCACAGAUUUUGACCACUUCACGGAUCACACGCCGUCGAUGAGCAACGCCAGUGUGGAUGAGGAAAUUGGAGGGGAAAAUUUAUUCGGAAAUUCACUGUUUGCGUUGCGGGGACAAAAGUGGAAAGACAUGCGAUCGACGCUGAGUCCGGCCUUCACCGGGAGUAAAAUACGGCACAUGUUCGAACUGGUAUCGGAUUGCUGUCGAGCUACGAACAGUUUUCUUCUAGCAGAAGCAAAUGCUGGAAAAAGCCUGGAGCUCGAGAUGAAGGACAUGUUUGCGAAAUUUUGCAACGACGUAAUCGCCAGAGUUGCGUUCGGUGUACGAGUGGAUUCGAUGCGUGAUCCCGAUAAUGAAUUUUAUCAAAAGGGGAAACAGAUGUUGAACUUUCAAUCUGUUUGGUUGAUCAUUAAACUGCUGUUCAUUAAACUUUUCCCCAACUUAUCGGAGAAACUGAAGUUUGGUUUCAUUGAUCGUGAUGUGGAGAAUUAUUUUAAAAAGAUGAUAGUCGACAAUAUGCGACAGCGGAAAACGCAUGGAAUUGUGCACAACGAUAUGAUACAGAUACUGCUUGAGGUCCAGAAUGGUACUCUGAGACACUCGAAAGUGGAACAGGAGUUCAAAGAUACAGCUUUUGCGACAGUUCAAGACUCGAACGUUGGACGAGGCGAACACUCUCGAGUAUGGACUGACACUGAACUUAUCGCUCAGUGUUUCGUAUUUUUCUUUGCCGGGUUUGAUACGGUAUCGACAAGUGCGGCCUUCUUGACGUACGAAUUAACGAUCAAUCCCGAUAUACAGAAUCGUCUUUAUGAGGAAAUACUGCAGACGGAACAGCAACUCAGUGGAGCACCCCUCUCCUAUGAGGUUCUCCAACGGAUGGAAUAUAUGGAUAUGGUCGUAUCGGAAGUGCUUCGAAAAUGGCCUCCAGCCGUGGUGACCGAACGGUACUGCGUCAAGGACUAUCUCUGCGAUAACGGAGCUGGAGCUCGGUUUCUUAUAGAAAAAGGCCAAACUGUUUUACUGCCCACAAUCGCCAUGCAGAACGAUCCAAAAUAUUUUCCCAACCCGGAUCGGUUCGACCCGGAACGAUUCAGCCAAACGAACCGAACGCAAAUCAAUGCCGGCGCUUACGCACCCUUCGGUCUGGGGCCAAGAAAUUGUAUUGGUUCACGUUUGGCUCUGAUGGAGAUCAAGCUCAUUGUUUACUACCUGUUGCAGAGGUUCAGCUUCGAGCCGACCGAGAAGACGCAAGUGCCACUGCAAAUUGCGAAAAAUCUGUUCACACUCGAGGCAGAAAAGGGAAUUUGGGUAGAGCUUAAGGCCCGAAAACUCGAAUAGGGAUCAAACAUCAAGUUCGAAACUUGUACCGUAAAAAGGGAAGGGUACUACUUCAAAAUAGCAGAAUCAGAACCAAAAAUAAAUUAUUAUUUGGAUAAUAAUUUCAUCUUUUUUAACAAUAGAAAAGUUGUUUCUUGUUUGGUAUGAAAAGCUAAACAUUUUGUUCAGUCUUAUGAAAAACCCUGUCUGUAACGGUAUUUACCAAAACUAUCGCUCCCGAUCCUUGACACGGUAUCAACAGCGAAUAUUCGGAAUACCGAAAAUGGAAAGAAAAAUAAAUAUUUUGAGAUUCCGUGCAGAAAUAUAAACAUUAUAAAAUCGAUUAAAAAAUAUGCUAAAAUGAGGAAAAAAAUCGUUGAAUUAAGGAUUUUCGAAGAACAUGACGCUCAAAACCAAACGGUACGGGAACGUAAAAUAUAUCUAUAUUUGUUCUGUUAACAUAUUUUAAAAAUAAUUGAAACACGACAAAGUUUAAACUGCUAUACAAUCGUUAACUAAGACACUGCUUAAACAAAAAUACAUAAAACAAUAUUGCGCGGAUUUACCGGGGUCCUACUGCGAUCUCCUUCAACUAUCACGCGAUAGUAGGUUUGCAACAAUCAUUUUUCGUUGCAUUUGGUAUGGUAAAAACUAGCACAACAAAUCGAAGAACCACCGCCAGCACUUUUUUUUUCAAAGGCAAACAAAUUAGUCUUACGAAGUGCGUUGAUUGCUUUUCGACUAAAUUACUUAAUCUCCUAACUACAAGUCUGUUUCUCAGAGAGCAAACUUACAGCUAUUGAUAAUGCAUUAUUCGCUUCACAAAACUUCUACCCUAGUGGAAGAUUUUACCUUCGUUCAAGGCACUCUUAUAUAAAUGUACGUACGGAAUAUUUAGCAACUAAAGCUCUGCGCAGUGGCAGUGCAAUCAUCUAAGAUCAAAUGAGCAAACAGGAAGCUUCGACAAAAUUGGAGGAUUUUUGUUAAACUGGUCACGUAGAGCAGUUAGCAUUCUUCGUAAGGCAGAACACAAAUGAGUGUGCGCACAGUCAGCAGCGAAAUCUGUCGGAAUACGAGUUUUAUUACUUUAGUGUGUUAUAGUUUACUUUUUUGGCAACGAAAAUAUGACAAUUUUUAG